ACUAAAGAGGCAUGUGGAUGAAUCAGAUGAAGAUUGAUAAUAACAAGGGGGCAACCAGAUCUCAAUAGUAAUUAAACACAUACUAGUGUCAUUAGGAUAAAAAUUACAGGGAACAGGCCAAGACCAGCUGUACCACCUUUGUGAUACCAUAUUCAACAGCACAACAGCACAGAUCAGAACAGAAAAGGGAGUAGCAGCAAAGAGAGUGAGUGAGUGAGUGAAGAGUCCAAAGCAACAACACAAGAAGAGCAUGUGGGGAGAGAUGAUGAUGAGCACACACCACCGCAGUUGCAGCAACACCGCCCGGUAGAGAAGAGAAGAAAAGCACUAUAGAGUAGUAGUGAGUAGUGACAGAGAAGGAGGAGAGAGAGAGAGAGAGCUCAUGGGAGCAAGGAACAAGCAGGGGAGGAGCCCCAUCCCUCGUGAUCAACAGCCAAGAAACUGAGCAGAAAAAGGAAAGAGAGAGCGAGGUGGAUCAACAGCCGCCGCCCAACCUGUCCCCUUCCGACGGGGUGGAUGUGGAUCUUGGAGAUAGAAGCGGAGCGGUUUCUUCAGUCCAUGGAUGCUGUCUUUUGAUGCUUUCUCCGCCCCGUGCUGCAUCUCUGAUGUCAAGGAACAUAAUUGCCUGAAGCCAAUCAUUCUUCUUGUUCUGGAGGAUCACAGCAACACUAUAUACAGUUGUUUUAUUUCCACAUUUCAUUAACCACCUGACAAGGCAAUUGAUGAUAUCCAACUCAUUUUAGCGUAUAGUUUGAUCAGCAUUUUGUUUGCAAGCACUCCUGACAGUACCGAGUAAUAUAUGGACAGUAUUAUCUUCAAUUUCUAGUUACCUGGAGAUCAAAUGUGACAAAUAUGCACACAAGGGGAGCAUCUUCAGAUGUUCUUAGAGCAAGCAUUUCUAGUGCACCUAGUACAUCUAGCCAUGGUUCUGCACAAGAUGACUGUGAUUCUUUAGGUGAUGUCUACGUGUGGGGUGAAGUUUUUUGCGAAAACUCUGUACGAGUUGGUUCUGAUACUAUAAUUAGAUCAACGGAGAAGACUGAUUUCCUACUCCCAAAGCCGUUGGAAUCCAGAUUAGUUCUUGAUGUUUAUCAUGUAGAUUGUGGGGUCAGGCAUGCUGCACUGGUCACAAGAAAUGGAGACGUUUUCACAUGGGGUGAAGAUUCUGGAGGUCGCCUCGGACAUGGAACACGAGAAGAUUCUGUCCAUCCUCGUCUUGUUGAGUCUUUAGCGGCUUGCAAUGUAGAUUUUGUUGCUUGUGGGGAGUUUCAUACUUGCGCUGUGACAACAACAGGCGAACUAUAUACCUGGGGAGAUGGAACUCACAAUGUUGGACUUCUAGGACAUGGUACUGAUGCAGGACAUUGGAUACCCAAGAGAAUUUCUGGAGCACUGGAUGGUCUUCCAGUUGCUUAUGUUUCUUGUGGAACCUGGCAUACAGCCUUGAUUACAUCGAUGGGCCAAUUGUUUACUUUUGGAGAUGGUUCUUUCGGGGUAUUAGGCCAUGGGAAUCUAACAAGCAUUUCAUGUCCAAAGGAGGUAGAGUCACUCUCAGGGUUGAAAACAAUAGCAGUUGCAUGUGGUGUAUGGCACACUGCAGCUAUUGUGGAGGUCAUUGUCACUCACUCUAGUUCAAGUGUGUCUGCUGGAAAGCUAUUCACCUGGGGAGAUGGCGACAAGCAUCGACUUGGCCAUGGUGACAAGGAAUCACGACUCAAGCCCACCUGUGUAGCUUCGCUUAUUGAUUAUGAUUUUUACAGGGUAGCAUGUGGUCACAGUCUUACUGUAUGCUUGACAACUUCUGGAAAAGUGUUGAGCAUGGGUAAUUCUGUUUAUGGUCAGCUCGGAAAUCCUAAUUCAGAUGGAAGGCUUCCAUGUUUGGUCGAAGAUAGGAUUGCAGGUGAACAUGUUCUCCAAGUUGCUUGUGGAUCCUACCAUGUUGCAGUAUUGACAGGUAGGAGUGAAGUUUUUACAUGGGGAAAGGGAGCUAAUGGAAGAUUAGGCCAUGGAGAUAUAGAGGAUCGGAAGGUACCUACACAGGUUGAGGCACUGAAAGAUAGAGCGGUUCGGCACAUAGCAUGUGGUGCAAACUUCACUGCUGCUAUAUGUCUUCACAAAUGGGUUUCUGGAGCUGACCAAUCACAGUGCUCAUCAUGUCAACAGCCAUUUGGAUUUACUCGAAAGAGGCAUAAUUGCUAUAAUUGUGGACUUGUCCAUUGUAAUGCAUGCACCUCAAGAAAGGCUUUGAGAGCAGCAUUGGCUCCUAAUCCAGGGAAACCUUACCGUGUUUGUGAUUCUUGUUUCUUGAAAUUGAAGAACGCCUUGGAUUCUGAUUCGUUUAAUAAGAGGAAGGACAUUGUUUCCCACCUUGCAGGUGAAAGCAAUGGUGAUACCAAAGCAUCGAAAACCAUCUUGUCUAGCAAUAUGGAUAUAAUUAGGAGUUUGGAUAGCAAGGCAGCAAGACAGGGGAAGAAAACUGAUGCAUUGUCAUUUCUCCGGACUCCUCAAGUUAGUUCACUACUGCAGCUGAGAGAUAUUGCUUUGUCUGGUAGCGCAGAUAUGAACAGAUCAGUUCCAAGAGCAGUGCGUACAUCAGCAGUUCGGUCAGUAACCACUUCAAGAGCUGUUUCCCCUUUCUCUCGAAAGUCUAGUCCACCACGUUCAACCACACCAGUUCCAACAACUCAUGGCCUUUCUUUCUCAAAAAGUGCUACCGAUAAUCUGGCAAAAACAAAUGAGCUCUUAAACCAGGAAAUCGAUAGGCUGCAUGCGCAAGUUGAUAACCUCAGACAUCGUUGUGAGCAUCAAGAAGUUGAGCUGCAUAAAUCAGCCAAGAAAGUUCAGGAGGCCAUGACACUAGUUGCAGAGGAAUCUGCAAAAUCUAAAGCUGCAAAAGAGGUUAUCAAAUCUCUAACAGCGCAGCUGAAGGAUAUGGCUGAGCGGAUACCACCAGAACAGGGCACUUACGAUGUCAGUGAGGCAAAGCCAGUGCACGUUCCGAAUGGCAUUGAUUCACAUAUUGCAAUCUACUCUAGCAUAAACGUAGCUCACCAGCCACAGAAUGAGCUCCUCAAUGCUUCAAAUGCGCAAAGCCUGAACUCUGGACGAUCAUUGCAUCCAAAUGGAAUCUCAAGCCAACACAGGUUACUAGGUAAUGCUACCGAAGCUAGUGAAGGCAGCGCUCAAAGCCAUCGAAUUACUAGUCCCUGCAAGUUGGAUGUUCCUCAUCGAAGAGCGCACAGCAACAGCGACGAUAUGCUGACUGCGAGUCAUAGAGGGGAUGAUAAUGUGAGCAUAGAUGCAAUGUCCCUUCAGAAUGGUGAGGAUGGAUACAAGCCUCGAGGCACAGUAUCAUCAAUAUCCAGCAGCCAAGUUCAGGCCGAAUGGAUCGAGCAGUAUGAACCAGGUGUAUACAUAACACUCACAACACUCUUGGAUGGGACUCGGGAUCUGAAGAGGGUUCGUUUCAGCCGGAGACGUUUUGGGGAGCAUCAGGCUGAGAAGUGGUGGAACGAGAACCGUGAGAAGGUGUACGAGAGAUACAACGUGAGGAGCUCUGAAAGAGUGUCUUCUUCUUCAGCAGCCUCCACCCGCUCAGCCUAUUGAUCCACAAGCUGCUGGAUCUGGGACAAGCUGUUUUUGCAUAGAAAAGAAAAAAAAACUGCAAGAUUGAUUUGCAAGGCUACUCAAUGACUGCAAAAUGUUAUGAUCAACUGAUGAGGCACUAA